AUGUGUAUCCUAUUCAUAUACAAUGGCAACAACGAUUCAAAGAGCGACUACAGUUUGAUUCUAGCGUCGAAUAGAGACGAGUGUUAUGACAGGCCCUCGCAAAAUAUGGGUCCCUGGUUUGAGGACCCUAGUGUGUUUGGAGGUCGCGAUUUAGAAGUGGAAGAGGGAGGUACCUGGCUAGCAUUGUCACCUUUACGUAAAAAACUAGGUGUUCUCCUUAAUUUGCCAAGUGCUAAGAAGCCAGACGCUAAGAGUAGAGGCAAAAUCGUCGCGGACUUUGUAAAGAAUGAUAAACCGAUCAAAACCUACGUUGAACAAAUGAAAUCAUACGCUCACAAUUGCAAUGAAUUCGUUUUCGUAAGCAUUGAAUUUAAGAAUUUAUUCCCCAUAAUAUCUACAUACAACAACGCGAAUGAUGAGCUAGUCACCCAUAGGGACGCGUUCCUGGGAUUCAGUAACAAUCUACCACAGAAACCGCUGAAGAAGGCGGAGGCUGGUAGGAAUAAGCUGCAGCAGAUUGUCACGACUUUCAACAAAGUUUCUACGCAGGAUGAACUCAUUGAUAGACUGAUUGACCUUCUGAAGUGGGAAGAAAGCCACCUUCCCGAUCACCAGUUGGAAACAAAGCAACCGAAUUUGUAUAACGAACUCAGCUCUGUAUAUGUUUGCAUACCUCAAGGACGAUAUGGAACUAGAACUCACACAAUAGUGUUGGUCACUAAAUCCGGACAUAUGAAUGUAAUUGAGAUGACCCUCGUCGCGCCCAUCGACCCAGUGAACCCAAAAUGGACCAAAACUGAAUACCAAUUUGAUAUGGAACGGAAAUAA